GGUGGAGAGGAGGCUGACUUUAUAGGCGUGGUUAAAAUAAAAAUGGCCGCCGAUGCUCAGAAUAGGCGCUCAAUAUUACAGGGUCUUCAGCAGACUAGAUCAAGGCUGCAGAAACUCCAAGAAGACAGGUCUCCAUCUCCAAUAAUGAAAUCAAAUCUUCCAGUACCUCCCCAGCCCUCGCAACCCCGCCUAACUCCGCCACUACCACAGGACUGUUCUAAGCAACAGAAAUUUGCUCUUCAACAGGCGAUGUCCCAGUCUCAUGGAUAUUAUGUAAGCGAGCCGUCGCCUUAUGGAAAUUAUCUCAUUCCCGUACUUCCAAGAUUCGAUUCCGAUGGAAAAUUGGUACCAAUGUCAUGAAAGAUUAACAUUACGUUUCGUAUUGUCUCAUUUUU